CGCGCUCACUCUCGAAACUCAGGUUCCCUCCAUCCCACCCCGGUAAUCCCUUUAAUGUCUGGCACGUCCCGGGAGGGCUUGCCCGCCGGGUCCCAAUCCACACCACGCCCGCGGAGGGGCGACCCCAGCGAGGAAGUGUGGUCCCGACGCCCCCUCCCUUCUUCGCAGCCCUUAAACCCCCUUUUACACAUGGGGGAACUGAGGCACGGGGGUGAGGAGGGCAUCCCGUCGGCGGCUGCCUGCGGAUCCCAGCCCUUAAGCGCCAGUCCCCGGGCUCGGUGAUACCUGACCCGCCUCGGCAGGUACCGCUGGGCUGGGGACGGGAGCGGGGACAGCGGUCCGGCCGGGCUUCCCUCUGCGGCAGCGGCCGCCCCUCGGCCACGCCUGUCCCCGCCGUCGGGGCUGCGGGCCGGCCUGGCCGCCUCCCGGGGCGGCAGCGGGGCCGAGGAACGGGGCGGGGGGCUCCCCGCGGCUGGGGGCUGCCGGCCGUGCGCCCCGGAGGCUGGGCGGGUGGACGAACCGCUUUCCCCUCUGUAGCCUCUUGUGCCCUCCUUUCCUCGGGGCGAGGACGUGCCGGCUGGUCGAGAGAAGCUGAGGAACCGAGGCAGCGCCGCGCCGCCCCCCCAGGCUCUUUCCCCGAGCUGCUGCUGCCGCCGCCGCUGGGCCCCGGGCUCCCGGCCUCGCACCGGCUCCGCGAUGGACCCCUGCUCCUCGCUCUUCAGCUACGUGUUAAUGCACUUGUUGGUACUCUGCCUGCAAGCUCAGGUAACUGUUCAGUCCCCACCUAAUUUUACACAGCAUGUGAGGGAGCAGAGCCUGGUGACGGAUCAGCUCAGCCGGCGGCUCGUCCGUACCUACCAGCUGUACAGUCGGACCAGUGGGAAACAUGUGCAGAUCUUGGACAACAAGAAAAUCAAUGCGAUGGCAGAGGAUGGGGACGUGCACGCCAAGCUCAUUGUGGAGACUGACACCUUUGGGAGCCGUGUGCGCAUCAAGGGGGCAGCCACAGGUUUCUACAUCUGCAUGAACAAGAAGGGGAAGCUGAUCGGCAAGAGCAACGGCAAAGGCAAGGACUGUGUCUUCACGGAGAUCGUCCUGGAGAACAACUACACAGCACUGCAGAACGCCAAGUACGAGGGCUGGUACAUGGCCUUCACCCGCAAGGGUCGCCCGCGCAAGGGCUCCAAGACCCGGCAGCACCAGCGGGAGGUGCACUUCAUGAAGAGGCUUCCCAAGGGACACCAGACCACCGAGCCCCACAGACGCUUUGAGUUCCUCAACUACCCCUUCAACCGGAGAAGUAAAAGGACUAGAAACUCUAGCUCCAGGGCGGGUCCUUGACGUGCCUGCCUGCGCCCACCCUGCCGCCUACACCCCUCCUGGAGGCCUCUCCUCUGAGUUGGUCGACUAUCUGUAGAGACUUUCCCG